GCGGAUUGCAUCACCGCAAAAGGAAGGCAAAGCGUUCUCCGAAACGGGGAAGAACUUCCUCCCACUCAAGACCGGCUAUGCCAGGGCGAGGGAGGGGAAGACCAACGUCACCGGCUGCGACGAGCAAAGCGAGAGGAAGUGCUGGGAACACGUGUCUGCACUGGCCAAGGCUGUGCUCUGGGCUCGAUCUGAUGCUGCUUGCCUGAAUGCAAGUAGGGCGUCGGAAAGUUUUUUGUUUAGAAUAAUAGAGUUGGAAGGGACCUUGGAAGUCUUCUAGUCCAACCCCCUGCCUAGGCAGGAAACCCUACACUACUUCAGACAAAUGGUUAUCCAACAUCUUCUUAAAAACUUCCAGUGUUGGAGCAUUAACAACUUCUGCAGCUGCAAUUAACCUGCCAGUGGCAACAUUGUCGUGAUGAGUUUUAUUGAAUAUGGAGAUACGAUAAAAGAAGGGGACACGGCAAUUGUCUUCUUGGGACAUGAAUCAAUGUUUCCAGUGAAGGUGCAACAUGGUGGUAAAACUCAGACUAAGUAUGGUGUUAUUAGACACUCAACUGACCUCAUUGGAAAGAAGUAUGGUUCCAAGGUGACCUGCAGCAAAGGAGGCUGGGUGUACAUCCUUUAUCCGACCCCAGAGUUAUGGACACUCAACUUACGCCACAGAACUCAAAUCCUGUAUUCAACGGAUAUCUCUUUAAUCACCAUGAUGCUUGAGCUGAAACCAGGAAGUAUAGUGUGUGAAUCAGGAACUGGAAGUGGUUCUCUCUCUCAUGCCAUCAUCAGGACAAUUGCCCCAACAGGGCAUCUGUAUACAGUGGAGUUCCACCAACAGAGAGCUGAAAAAGCCAUAGAGGAGUUCGAAGAGCACAAAGUGGGGCAUUUGGUGACAGUCAAGACCCAGGAUGUCUGCAAAAAUGGCUUUGGUGUCAUCAACAUUGCAGAUGCAGUGUUUCUGGACAUUCCAUCCCCAUGGGAAGCUGUAGGCCAUGCCAAGCUCGCAUUAAAACAUGAAGGUGGACGCAUAUGUUCCUUCUCCCCUUGCAUCGAGCAAGUUCAAAGGACCUGCUUAGCUUUGGAGGAACACGGCUUUACGGAAAUCACUACUUCAGAGAUCCUGCUCAGAGUGUACAACGUUCGAACAAUUAGUUUGCAGAUCCCUGAUCUUGGAAAAACAGCAGAUGGUGAUUCCAGCACUGGAGUUGAUGGAGGCAGCCCAUCAAAUGAAGAUGCCUUGUGUCCAAAUCUUCAGCAGGAAACUAUACAAUUUAAGAGCGGUGUGCCACUUAAGGAAAUGGUGGGUCACACUGGUUAUUUGACCUUUGCUACUAAAAACCUAUUUUAAAUACAGGCUCGAGGGUUUUUCUGCUGUAUGCUCUCUGAAUGUAACUUUCCCAGCUCUCUGCUUCCAGAGCAAUUCCAUAUAUAGUCAGAUUGAUAUUCUGUUUAAAUAGCUAGGCAGGAGCACUAACCGGAUCAGUCUUGGCAAUGUGCUGUUGUAGUAAACAAUGCUUGCCUAGUUGUCAGGUACAGAAGAUGGACUAAUAGCUAAUAGGUGCAGUUUGGGAUUUACAGAGUAAAAGUCACAGGAGUGUGUGUGCGUGUGUGUGUGUGUGUCUUGACAUUUUUCUCCCUCAAAGAAGGUUCGCCUUAAAGAUUUUUUUUUUCAUGCCUGAAUAUUUGCUUUAGAAAUUUAUUGUAUUUUUUUAAAAAAAAAGAAGAAUACGAAACACAUUUAGUGUGGCUUUCAAUUAAGUCCAUUAAAAACUACAUCAUAUAGAGUAAACAUGUUUUUAUUCAUACCCAAAAACAGCUUCAGGGUGCAGAGAUGUAUGUACCAAGCUCUUGUCAGCAGUUCCUUAAACCGAAUGCAUCUUUCUCUUGGAAUGUACAACUGCUUUCUGCUUUGGAGCCCAACUCUGUGAUAGGACAAAACUGCUUUCAGUGAGUUGUUAAUUGAAGGGGCUAUAACAUGGCACACCUUGCACUCCAAAGUACCUGUUGAUCUUUGAACAGUGUAGUGCAGCCCUGAUACACGAAGGUGUUGGCUUUGGCUCUCACUAGUAAAGAACAGGAGCAUUGAAUAAAGCUUGGAUUCAAUAGAGUCUUUUUGUAUAGAAAUACGCUGACAUUGCUUAAAGGUACAAUUUAUCAGACAACAGGUAUUACAUGUAAUUUCAAUGAAUGGGGACGUUCUCUAGAUUCGGAGUAUAACACCUACAUUUGCACACACAUCUUAUAAGUACAGUCAGUUUCCUCAUUUACUUCACUGGGUGGAUAUCAUUGGGCACGCUGUUUAGCAUUUGUAAAUCUGUGUCUUUUCACUGGAAUGAAUGGAGAAGUCCUUUAGAAUGAAGCUACAGUGUGGCUCAAUCCAUUCAUAGUUUGUCUUAUUUUUGAUUUAACACAAUAUAUGAGCCUAUCCAAGCCAUCAUGACUUGUUCAAGAAGCUAUGUUCUGGGCUUAUCAUAGCUCUGUGAAUGCAGAAUGGAAUACAAUCAUGCCAAAGUCAUGCUGAAGAAUCCUCUGGAUGCCCAUGGUGAUUUUGGAGUGCUGUUUUUUGUUGUUGUUGUCAUCCUUACACUUUAUAAUCUGGAACAAGCCAGUAUAAAUCAUUGGGUCUUGGAAUAAGUCACUUAAGGCUUAUCUUCAGACAUAUUUUCCAUAAGAGAAAGUUUUAUCGAAUCAGUGGAAUUCAACACAUUUGCUGCAAACAAGGGUUCUCCAUCAUUUAGAAAGCACAAGUGUAGGGUUUCAUGAUGGGACUUGGAUGCAACUUUCUUCCUGCAACAGUUACUCAGGAACAAUUGCACCUCUUCAUCUACUCAUUGUAUGAAUAAAUUCUAAGCACAGUUGUGUGUAGUCAUAAAUAAAAGGCUAUGUUUGCAAUAGUCUCAUCUCUUACUCUCCAUCAUCAAAUGCUGUCUUUGUUUGAUCAUUCUUACAUAUAAGAUUAAACUUUA